UCACUGUUUACUUCCGGGGUGAAAGGUCAAAUUCGUCCUUCGAGGUUCCUCUGGUUUAUGGAGCAGCUUUCUUACUUUUAUAUAAAUUGUUGAAACUACCUGACCAAGUAAGUCAUCAGUGUUAAAUAUGUCGUCUGAUAAACCAGUCGGACCUGCCUUACCCCCGAUGUUCAGGAGGGAGGAGAGCGAUGAAGACUCGGAUAAUGACAAAGGAUUCUCUGGCCCUGCUUUGCCUCCCGGUUAUAAACGGGGAGAACCGUCGAGCUCCUCCUCGGAUGAGAGUAGUGAACAGGGAGUGGCGGUCAAAAGAACAAAAACAAGUCACACAUCUGCAGAAAAGGUGAAGAAGACAAAGGUACAAGAAAAAGAAGAUGAUGGUUUCUUUGGACCAGCCCUGCCACCAGGGUUUAAGAAACAACAGGGGUCACCAGAAAGGCCACCUGUCCUGGGACCAGCUUUGCCUCCUGGGUUUCGCAGAGCAGCAUACGAAAACGGUGAUGAUAAUGAUGAUGAAGACGGAGAGGGUUUUCCAGGGCCUGCUCUACCCCCAGGCUACCAGGCUGAGUCCUCCAGCAGCGAGGGGGAGGAUGAGGAUGUGAUUGGACCUAUGCCGUCCAAAGGCCCUAUUCAAGACUCUGUGGCUCUGGACUUUGAGCGCAGAGCACGAAGGAUGAAAGAGAAGCUGACAGGAGACGACACUCCUGAGGUGCUGACCAGAGAAACAUGGAUGACAGAGCUCCCACCAGAACUGCAGCACAUUGGCUUGGGGGCUCGAACUUUCAAGAAGAGGUCGGGUCCAGAGAACAGGGAUCGCUCCAUUUGGACAGAUACACCAGAAGACAGGGAGCGCAAGCACAGGGAACGCCUUGAGGGAAAGAAGAAGGGUGAGGCAGAAAAAGACGAUGUCCCACAAGUCUCACGGAAGGAUUUGGAAAUGGCAGAGAAAGUGUCUAAGUAUAAUGAGUCUAAACGUGCUGAGUCUCUGAUAAGUUUGCACACAAAGACGAUGAAAGAAAAAGCAAAAGAGAAGGCUGACAAACCAGUGGAGAGGAGACCAUUCGAUCGGGAUGAAGACCUUCAGGUGAAUCGCUUUGAUGAAGCGCAGAAGCAGCGUCUGCUGAAGAAAUCUCAGGAACUGAACACACGGUUCUCCCACAGCAAGGACCGAAUGUUCCUGUAACAAAUUGUCGAAAUAUAAGAAACGUGUUUGAAGAUGUAGACCUCCAAUUACAGUCUGGCCUGAGACAUUUUCAUACAGGGUUUUUACAAUAUGGAUUAUGUUUCUACAUAUACUCAUGUGUUCUACAAAUGCAGAAUUGAAUUUUAUGUUGGUCUAUGAGGUAAACUAAACAGGACUAUACUGUAAAGACAUGGCAGACAUGUCCAUUUAUGGGAGUUAAUGACACUGACUGGGUGCAAUGCUAAAGCAAAUGUUUUAAACUGAUUCAAGCUGAUACAAAGCAACAGCCAGUGGAGCUUGCAUUUUUCCAGGAGACACUGCAUUAGGGCUGAUGACAUGGAAGGAAAUGUUAAAAUAAAUAAAAUAUUUUUCUUA